AUGCUUUCGAAUAAACUGGCUAUUGCCAGUUUAUCACUAGGCCAACACCCUUCUCACUGUCUAGACCAAAAGAUCAAGGUCGCAGCAGAAGCAGGUUACAAAGGCAUUGAAAUCGUCUAUUUUGAGCUGGAGGCAUUUUCUAAAUCUCAAGCGAUCUCGAUUUUUGAGGGCGCCGAGAAAAUUCGUGCGUUGUGUCAAGGGCUCAAUUUAGGCAUAGUUUCUCUGGCGCCUUUCGAGAACUACGAGGGGGACCCAUCGCCUCUAAGCGAUAGAUUAUCGAAAGCUACCCACUGGGUUGGGGUUGCUCGAGCUCUCCGCGCCACAUAUAUCCAAAUUCCAUCAAAUUUCAAAUCCGACGCUAUUGGCGACAGAAACAUAGUCAUCAGUGAACUCCAGCAAUUGGCUGACAUUGGAAGCGCGGAGCAACCGGUCAUUUCGAUUGCAUACGAAUAUUUAUCUUGGGGAACGCACUGUUCGACAUGGGAAACCGCUCUGCAAUAUGUCAACCAAGUCGAUCGACCGAAUUUUGGCCUGUGUCUAGAUACUUUCCAUGAAGCCACGAAACUUUGGGGUGACCCUUUCGCCCCUUCUGGCCGAUUCCCCAACUCAGAUGAAGUCCUCCGCAACUCACUCGAUCGCUUUCUUGCCAAUUGUCCUGUUGAAAAGAUCUUCUUCAUCCAGUUAUCCGAUGGCGAAAGAUUUGAACCUCCAUUCUCCAAAGAUCAUCCGUGGUAUGUGGAAGGUGAGGCACCGCAAUUCACCUGGUCCAAACAUGCACGGCCGUUUCCAUUUGAGCAUGAUAAAGGAGCAUACCUCCCUGUUUACGAGAUUUCUGAAGCCUGGAUUCGUGCGACAGGAUUUAAAGGAUGGGUCUCGCUUGAGAUCUUUGAUCGACGUAUGCGGGAUGAUGACAGUCGGCUAGAGACUGCUGCUAAGAGGGGAAUAGAGUCGUGGAAAACCCUUCUCGAAAAAGUGAGAGCUAAUAGCUUAAAAGCACACUUGUAG